AUGGACAACACUAUCAAUUUUGACCAAAAUGGCAUCUUGGAGAAGCCUCCACUUUGUUUUGAUUCUCUUAACAGUUCUUGUCUGAAGUUGAAUUAUCCUCUGGAAUUCCGUGUUUUGCUCUAUAUGCUCUUCAGUGUCUCAUCUGUCCUCACAGUGAUCGGAAACCUUCUGGUGAUCGUAACUGUCAUUCAUUUCAAGCAGCUGCACACACCAACUAACUACCUCAUUCUCUCUCUGGCUGUAGCUGACCUGCUUGUAGGGGGGGUGGUGAUGCCUCCUAGCAUGAUACGCUCUGUGGAGACUUGCUGGUAUUUGGGGAAUUUGUUCUGUAAAAUUCACAGCAGCCUUGAUGUCACAGUGUGCACUGCAUCCAUUCUAAACCUGUGUAUAAUCUCUUUAGAUCGAUAUUAUGCAGUCUGUCACCCCCUUCUGUACCACAGUAAAAUGACCCCUAAUACUACCAAGGUCAUGAUCGCUGUUUGUUGGAGCAUCUCUGUUGUAGUGGGAUUUGGAAUGAUUUUUCUGGAGCUCAACAUUCUGGGCAAUGAAGAUUUUUACUACAAUAACUUUGCCUGUGAGGGUGCCUGUAUGGUGUUUCAAGCUAAAGUGGGUGGGGUUGUGUUUUCAGCACUUUGCUUUUACAUCCCCGCUGUAAUCAUACUCAGUGUAUAUGUGAAAAUACUGCACACUGCACAACGGCAAGCACGUGCGAUCCACAGUACUAACGCCCACAUGAAAACAGCAGAGGAGAGAGCCAACAUGAGCAAGUCGGAGAAGAAGGCCACAAAAACUUUAGCCAUCAUCAUGGGGGUCUUUCUGUCAUUCUGGGUCCCAUUUUUCCUUUGUAAUGCCAUUGACCCAUUCACUGGAUACUCAGUGCCACCUUUGCUGUUCGAUGUGUUCCUCUGGGUUGGGUACUUCAACUCCACGUGUAAUCCUAUCGUAUACGCCUUCUUCUACAGCUGGUUUAGACAUGCGUUCAGAGUCAUUCUCUCUGGUGGAAUAUUCCAGACUAACUCAUCACGCACUAAAUUAUUUUAA